AGGCAAUUUCCCUUGGUCAAAACACUUUCGCCAAAAAAUGACAGAUAAAUUGGGGGGACAAAAUGAAUUCGUUGAAAAUUUAAGUAUUUUACAGUUUAAAAUGCCACAUCUACUAAUAAAUUAACUGAAAUUAUGAAAAUUAGAUGGAUUUUCGUCAAAUUUUAAUAAAAAAUACACUCCAAAUUGGGAAAAAAGUUAUCUUUUCGAAUUGAAUCCAAAAUUCUUUUUAGCUCCAAAGCUCCAUCGAUGUCGAACAUGAAAUUGGAUGUCAUUCAUAAAAUUGUGGAAAAGGUCGAACCGAUUGAACGGUAUAAUCAGAACUAGUUUUUGGAAGAAUAAUUAAAUACAACUUUUCAACUUUUCCCUUCGAAAAGUCUGUCAUGGCUUUCGCGCAACCGUUGAUGAUAAGAAUCCGGGAAUCAAGCACGUUGGAUUCAAUAUCGAGGACUCUUCAUUCAAAAUGUGUUUGCGUGACGCAAAGUUUUCUGAAAUUGGCUACAAUGUUGGUUAUUCGGAUUGCACAGUAAACUACAAUGAUCGGAAUAAGCGAUUCCUUCAAAUCGACGGCUUCAAAAUGGCUCUGACUGACUUCAGUAGUUAUGAAGAAUCCGAAGCAUCAAUUGGAUAAACUUGAAUUCGAUGGAUUUGAUUCAAAAAACCUGUUCAAAGUAAAACGAAUCGACUUUUUCACUGAUCUUCCAACUUUUGCCACAACAAUUCUUCCGCUUAUGGAACCAGGAACACUUGAACAAAUUAGCAUUGACUGCGACGGGAAUCCAGAUUACGCCGAUCAAUUGUUUGGAAUGGAGCAAUGGAAAAGAGCCAAAUCGAUUAAGAUCAAUUGCCCUGCUGAGUAUCUUUCUAUCGCCGAUGCCAUUGAAAUCAGAGAUAUUCUCUUCAAAUCAGCCGUUUUUGAGUCUGUAAUCAUCAUAACUAAACAAAUCACCGAUGAGGACGUCAUGAGAGUUUUCGAUCCAAAUGAUUUGUUUAACCAAAGUUCCAUUGUCUAUGACGCUGGAAACGGAUCCAAAUUCUGCAUCACCCACCAUGAUCAUAGAAUUGACGAAAAGAAGGAAUAA